GUGCGGUUUGUUGUUAUUGAAGCGUAGCUCCUUUAAAUGUGAAGGGAACUAUAUUGACGUUCAGAGUUGAUGAAGUUGGUGAGUGUUUUAUAAAAGCCUUCAUAUUUUUCAAACAAAGUUAACUACGUGAUUUGUCCGUCGAAAAUGUAGUGGCGAUAUAGUUUGUUUUAAAAAAUGGACCUCCUUUUGAAUGAAGUUAUAUAAUGGACUUAAUUCCUUCGUGAACCCAGCUAUAGAAAAAGACACGCAGAAGAUGUCAGGGGCUCAUGAGCAAACCAGGAAGCGACGCCCCCCAAAAAUGUUCUUGAUCUCGACCGACCUGAAGGUUCAGGACCAGGUGGACGGAACCAUUAAGCUGCUGCGGGGGUUCAUCUGCCAGGAGCAAGAGGCGGGCCGGAGCAGAGGCGACAGCUACUGGGUCAAGGUGUUAGACAAUGACUUAAUGUUGAAAAUAGAGAAGAAGUUCCUGCUGGAAGUCCCGUCCGACCUCAGCGGCCUGUUGGAGGCUGUUUCUGAUCCUGAGGCCCGACUAAAGCUUCUAAGAGAUCCUGGGAAGCUGCAGACUUGUGCGUCUCUGCCCGUUGAUUCUCCGCUCUGGGUCCAGAUCGGCCAACAGGAUGAGCUGGCAGAGGCAGACCUUAAAUACAUCGGGCCGCGCUCAAGGGGGAGUAGCGCUGUGUAUUUUGGAGUACAGCUGAAGGGCUCAGCCGCCGGUAAAGGGUCGAGCAACGGCUCCUUCAAGGACCAGCGGCUCUUCAGCUGCCCUGAAGCCUGCGCCCUCUUCCUGCCCGUCAGCCACGUGCACAUCCGAACCUGGACCCGCAACAACGUGCAGGACGCUCAGGAGCGAGCCAAGGAGCGAGACCGCCACGGCAGCAGCCACGGCAACGGGCAACGCGGCAACGGGCAACACAACAACGAGCGGCAGCAUCCUCAGCAUCAAGGUCGUCACCCUCGCCCCAGCAGCCCCCCCGUGGGUUUCCUCCCUCGGACAGCAGAGUCAGCACCAAUCACGGCUCAGAACCAGAACCAGGUCCGAGCCCCUGCAUCCCCUCCUCCGCUCCAUGUGGGCCAGAGGGUGAUGUUCCCCAAAGAGGACAACGUCUACGGGGGGGAAGUUCGCUUCUGUGGUCUGCUGCCGGGUCGCUCCUCCUCAGGGAUGUACGUGGGAAUUCUGCUGGACGCUCCUGUGGGACAGUGGGACGGUCUUUAUAAAGGAGAGAAGCUCUGCAACAUUCCCUCUCCGCUCUACGGAGCAUUAGUGCCCAUCAACAAGGUUUCCUCAGAUUCGAAACCCCACCAUCACACCCCUCCUCACCAAGUGACCAAAUCCAUCCUGAAGCCGGCGCCCCCCCCCAUUAAGCCCCUCCCCCUGUCGGCCCCCCACUCUGCGCCCAAAGUCGCCCUGAUGCCCCCCGGAAAACAAGGGGUUAAAGUUCCUCCACUACCGCCCCCAAAACCCAACAACAAGCCGCUUCUUCCCCCUCUGACCGCUCCCAAACCCCUCAGUCCAACGUCACCCACCUUCACCCCCACACACACCCCCACACACACCCCCACACACACCUCCCCUGAACACCCCCAUCACAACGGCGUUCACGGCCCCCCCUCCCCCUCGCUGAGGUCUCCGGUCAGCAGUGAGGCUGUGGAGGAGGAUGGAGAGGCGGGGCUCGACGGGGGGCUGGAGGUGGGGUCCAUGGUGGAAGUGAACGACCCGCCCCUUUUUGGGGUCAUUCACUGGAUUGGACGCAUCAGUGGGGUGGGAGAGCCGGUGGCAGGGAUCGAGCUGGACCAGGAUCUGUCUGCAGGGACAGACGGCAGUUACCUGGGUGAACGUCACUUCCGUUGCCCCGCCAACAAGGGGCUGUUUGUGAAGCUUCGCAACUGCAGGCGGGACUCCAGAUUCCCCGCCCCCGAGACACCUGUCAAUCAAGUGGAGCGAUGCAACUCUAUAGCGUUUGCAGAGUGGGGCAGUGAGCGGGUGGAGGACAACUCCCCCCCUGUGGAGGGGGAGGAGGCCGCUGAGCUCUACGAGGGCUGGAAGAGAGGCAUUCAGGGACACCUCAACUCCUGCUACCUGGACGCCACGCUGUUCAGUCUGUUCUCCUGCUGCAGUUCUGCAGACUGGGUUCUGUUCUGGCCCUCGGACCCCGACAGCGACUCCAGCCUGGCCCAGGACCUGCUGCGCUGCGAGAUCGUCAACCCGCUGAGAAGGUAUGGCUACGUGUGUGCCAGUAAGACGAUGGCCCUGCGGCGACUGCUGGAGGCCGCCAACAGCAACAUGGGCUUCACCAACCAGGAGAAAGAUCCUGAGGAGUUCCUCAACAAGCUUUUCCAGCUCCUCCAAGUCGAGCCGCUCCUCAAGAUCAGAUCGAUGACUCAGCAGCCUCAGGAGGGUCACCUGUACCAGCUCUUCCCGCCUACACUUCCUCCUUCUCCCACCUCACCUUUACUCAUCUCCCCCAUCGGCUCCCCCAUCCCUCUGGCCCCGCCCUCGCCCAGUCGGAUGAGAGUAGCGAGUGUCCAGACGCUGCUGGAGUCUUCCUUCCUCCACGCUGGCCUCAAAUUCGUCGAGGCUCCCUCCUGCCUCUUACUGCUCAUGCCUCGCUUUGGAAAGGACUUCAAAAUGUUUGACGCCAUCCUCCCCACCCUCAGCCUCGACAUCACAGACCUGCUGGACGACACUCUGAGGCAGUGCAGUAUCUGUCAGGCUGUGGCUGAGUGGGAGUGUCUGCAGUGUUACGAAGACCCCGACAUCACCCCCGGGCGUCUCAAACAGUACUGCAGCACCUGCAACACACAGGUCCACAGUCACAGGAAGCGUGCGUCCCACCACCCUGUAGAUGUUGCUGUCCCCGGGGGUCCGUGGACCGGCCCCCUGCUGAGCGCCCGGCAGCGGAUGUCUCUCUUUGCGGUGACGUGCAUCGAAACCAGCCAUUACGUUAGCUUCGUCAAACACGGACCCCUCCCCACCGACUGGAUGUUUUUUGACAGUAUGGCAGACCGGGAAGGUGAGCAGAACGGCUUCAACAUCCCCCAUGUGAAGGCGUGUCCGGAGGUGGGCCGCUUCCUCAGCCUAUCAGAGCAGGAGCUGAGCAGAGUUGAUCCCGCCUCCAUACGGGAGUCGGCCCGCCGCCUGCUGUGUGACUCCUACAUGUGUCUGUACCACAGCCCCGAUCUCAGCCUGUACAAGUGACACACACACACACACACACACUGAUCUGAGCGUGGAACAAAACACUGUACAGCCGAACAUUUUCUCCUCAGCUAUAGUUUCUAAUGCAGAAUAUUAACUUUGGAGUAAUGAUAUUCAGAGCCCUUGUUACUUUCUCCUGUGAGUUAUGAACCAAUCAUUAACUUGUCUGUUUCUCGCCCUGUUCGCACUAUGCAGUAAAAUGCCUCUUCGAGACUCAAGCCUCAGUCUGCGCCUACAAUUUCCUGAAAAAUAAAUACCCGGUGAUUCUAGUUCCAAGUAUAUUUGUUGUGUACGAUGUACUUAUAUUGAUGUUACUUUGUAUUCAUUUGUUUUCUUGUGCUGGAAAAGCAGAUACAGAAUGCAAUUCCCGGCUUCUUGGAUAGAAAACAGAGUUAUCACCUCAAGUGCUUUUUUUUUUACUUUCUGCGUAUUUCAAAAGACAGUUGUGUAUUUAUUUUUCAUCAAAUUGGACGAGUUGCUCUCUCUAAUCUGAAAAUGCAUUUAGGACCUAUGUAUGUAUUUGUGAUCAGCGAUUUUCAUCUCAAAUAUGACAAUGGGCUCAACGUCCUUGAGACCAGCAUGAUCCAAUGUGCCUAAUGAACAAACAGCCUGCAGUUUAAGUGCACUUACUGUAUGUAUUUAAUGAUGUGUUCGUCUGAUGGGUUGCAGAACUGUUUUUUUACUCCUGAGUUUACCUGUGCCUUAAUAUUUGCUCACACUGUUAAUAACUUUCUGUAUCAUAUAACACACUUUUCAAUUCUAAUUUGCACUGCUUCAUUUACACGUCAGUGUGACUGUCAAGAUUGCACAGAGAUGUUUAAAAUGUUUGUACUGUUUACAGGUUGUUUAAUAUAGUAUAGUACAGCUACAAACAAUGGGGACAUUGUACAGAAACAUAAAUGCUUUGAUGCUAUUCUAGUUUGUUUAUAUUUCUCUUUGUCAUUGAAAUGUCUCUGCAAGCUGCAACAGGGUGUCCGCGGGGUAUUAAAGUAUUAACCGGCA